AUGGAGGGUUUAAACAAGCACAUUUCUGAUUUUCUCUUUCUCGCACUAGUAAACCGAGAAGCCCACUGUCCGGCAAUAGCCAGCACAAUCCGAAGUCCUUCUCUUGAAAACAACGUCGCGUAUUCGCUUAUCGUGCGUUCCAAUAAAGCCUUUCUAACAAGAUCAUACGUCAUGAAGUCACACUCGGUCAGCUCUCCUUCAGAGAAAAAGGCUUCCUUACCGAGACCAUUGCCUUUUGCUUCCCUCCACUUCACAUCCCCGCCACUUCCAACGCACAAGUCCGAAAAAUUGGCAAUCGUGUCCAACUGA